CUCUAGGUGUUAUCUUCAGUCCGUAAUGAAGAAGUUUACAAUUAAAGGUGUGCUCGACGGGUUCCGAUCGUCGGUACCUCAACCCGUCAAACCGGAUCAAGAAAUCGUCGAAAAUUUACGGUCGGAACACUUUCAAGUAAAAAAGACAUUCAGACAUGGAUUUCCACAUCAGCCGACAGCAGUGGCAUUCGAUCCAGUUCAAAGACUUCUUGCUAUUGGCACUAAAUCUGGAUCUCUUAGAAUUUUGGGUCGACCAGGUGUGGAUGCACACGUGAAACACGAGGGAUGCUCAACUGUGGUACAGUUGCAGUUUUUAAUUAAUGAAGGAGCAUUGGUAUCCGCCACCGCGGAUGAUACUUUACAUCUAUGGAAUUUUCGACAGAAAAUACCACAGGUGGUGCAGAGCCUCAAGUUUCAAAGGGAAAGAAUAACAUGCAUUCACCUACCGUUACAAAGUAAAUGGCUGUAUGUCGGUACGGAACGAGGAAACAUUCACAUACUCCAUAUUGAGACGUUUGUUCUUUCUGGAUAUGUAAUUAAUUGGAACAAGGCUAUUGAAAUAUCUAGAAAGACCCAUCCUGGUGCGGUAGUACACUUGAGUGAUAAUCCUUUAGAUUUGAGCAAGAUGCUGAUAGGAUAUGAGUCCGGACAAAUAGUAUUUUGGGACUUAAAAACAAAAAAUGCAGAUUACAGAUGCCAAAGCGAAGUGCCCUUGAGAUCGAUAUCGUGGCAUCACGAGGGUAAACAGUUCAUGAGCAGUCAUACUGAUGGCUCUCUGUCAACAUGGACGAUGCGUCAAUUAAAACCAACAAAUGUAACGCACCCACAUGCAAAAACUACUAAAGAUGGCGAACCAGAACCUUGCAAACCAAUACAAAAGGUCGAGUGGAAGCUGUCUAGAUCAGGGGAAGCAUACGUUAUAUUUUCUGGAGGUUUAGCGUAUGACACAACUGGACGAACUCCAAGCAUAACGGUGAUACACGGAAAAACCACCACUGUAUUAGAAAUGGAACAUAAUGUGAUAGACUUUAUAACACUGUGUGAAAGUCCAUGGACCAGUGAUUACCAAGAUCCAUACGCCGUUGUGGUCUUACUACAAAAUGACUUGGUUGUGAUAGAUUUAUUAACUCCGGGAUUUCCCUGUUUUGAGAAUCCGUAUCCAAUGGAUAUACAUGAAUCGCCAGUGACAUGCUGUGCGUACUUUGCAGACUGUCCCUCGGAUUUGGUGCCAGCUUUUUAUUCAGUUGGUUCAAAAUCUCAAAAAAAGACAGGAUUUAGUGAAAAGGAUUGGCCGAUAUCUGGUGGGGAAUGGAGUUCAAGUUCGAGCAGUUAUAAUGAAAUUAUUUUGACUGGACAUGCCGAUGGCAGUAUAAAAUUUUGGGAUGCAUCCGCAGGCACUUUACAAGUUCUUUACAAAUUGAAAACAGCGAAACUUUUCGAGAAGGGUAGAACGCGUAGCACAGACUCGGAAGAAGAUCCGUUAGCGAUACAGCUUAUCUAUCUUUGCCCCGAAAGUCGGAAAUUAGCAAUUGCGGGAAGUGGAAAGCACGUUGUUUUAUUUAAGUUUAAAAAAGUUGAGAGUAUGUCCGAAGUAGUGACUUUGGAGAUAUCACUGACAGCAGAUUCAGGAAAGGAAAUCGAAAGUUCGUCUGAUCAUGAUUCCCCCGCUGGUGGUAAUACAUCGGGAACUGGCGAAUCGAAAGUUAACGAAUCAAAUCAACUGCUUAAAGUUAAGACUGGCUUGCAAAAAAGGGCUCCGGGCUUUCAGGCAACCUUGAUCUGUUUAACAGUUGCCCCAAAUGGAGAACAACCUGAAAAUAUAACAGCUCUCAGUUUGAACUCUUCCUAUGGUUUAAUGGCUUAUGGAAACGAGUCCGGUUUGGCCAUAAUAGACAUUGUGCAGAAGAUAUCUUUGAUUGUGAUAAAUACCACAGACAUUGGUAGUAAUAUGGAUCCGUGUCAACGUGUGUUACGCAGUCCAAAACGCCAGGAUGAUUUGAAACGGGAGAACGAGGACAAAAUGAAAAGUCCAAGCACAGAUCAGACUCAUCGAGACUCUACCGUGGAAUCUGAAGGAUUAUUAGCAAUGGUAGCCGAGAAUGUUCAACAGCCGCAGCAAUGCCCGCUUCGCGGUGGUGAUACGCAAAUUGGAAGCAAUAAUAGUAAGGAGAUCGCGGAGGAACCUUUAAACGAGACCAGUAAGCCUGGUUGUACAACGAACGAAGAAGAUUGUGUGAAAAAUCACGGUUGGAAGGGACUCAGACUGAAGAGGCAGCUCAGCAAAGUUGAUCUGAAAAUAAAAAGUACUUUCUCACCGGGUUUGGUGACGUCUCAGAAUGGGGUAGGCACUGAUAGUAGCGGUCUGAAAUCUUCCAUUUUUUACUGUAACGUCAACGAAACCGUGAGUCCGUUGUCUCGAAACGAAAGUGUCGUGUCGGAGUCCCCGUUGGUGGUAGAAGGCUCCUCGUCGGCACCGGGAUACGAUAGUUCAACGAACGACUGUAAAAAGAGGGAGAUACAGCAUCAGGGGAAGAGUGUGACGAGCGAGGGAGAGAACGACGGCAAACCGACGAUCGCGCAAUCUCUGAACGAGAACGCGAUCGGACGAUCGGACGUUGCUGCUGCUGCUGUAAGACCGGUGAAUUUGUUGCUCGCGGAGAACGAGCCGAAAGCGCCUAGAUUGAAGAAAAUCGUGAAGAUGAAACAAUCGAAAAGGGAGGGUCGUUUAUUGUCCGUGCCGAAUUUAAAGUUUGCGAAAAACGAUCCGGCCGUAUGCGACCUAAGAUGCGAGGAAACGAACAACACCGCCAGCGAAUCCUUCACCGGCAAUCUAAUAAGAAGAUUCAGUGUAAACUAUCAUCUUAAACGACGUGAGAGCACAAUUCAUAAGUAUGACAGUUCGUUUCAACGGUCAAGGAGUUCGAGCAUGUCGUCGCUCGAAAAUAUCACCACAGAAACCAUCAGCUGCCUUACAUUUGCAGAUUCCUACACGAAAAAGAGCGAUACUAGUCCUGCACCAACGCUUUGGAUCGGUACAUCUUUAGGAUCUGUACAAACGGUGAUAUUUAAUACACCAGCCCGUGCAGAACGACUUGCUUAUCCAGUCGUUGUUUCUACGUGCAAUGGAUCUACGUUUAAAUUAAAGGGGUGCAUUUUAUCAAUAUUCUUCUUAGACUGCAAUGGUGCUCUCAUUCCAUACUCAUACGAGUCCUGGAAAGACGACGGUAUGGAGAGUAAAGAACGCAACAAAAGCCAAGGUAAAUGCACAAACAGCCGGAUGUCUCCUUCGAUGAACGCGCAAGUAUCUACCGGAGACGGCUUCGAAGAUCGUCAAUUUGUCGUACUAGCAUCUGAGAAGCAAGCGAGGGUUGUAGCACUACCGUCGCAAAAUUGUCUAUACAGGCAACAACUGGCUGAAAAUCAUAUUGUGAUCAAAGCAGAGAUUACAUCUUUAAAAGAUAAUGUAUGUCUCGUAUGCUACGUUUCAAAUGGGCACAUAGCCACAUACAGUUUACCAAGCCUGAGACCACUGAUCGACGUCGAUUUCCUACCACUUAUAGAUUUGAGUUUUCAGACUACAAAACAUGGCAUUGUAGACCCCAUGUUGUCCAUAUGGGGUCAUCAACUCUUUGUUAAUGGCGAUACCGAUCAAAUUGCAAAGACACUUUGCUUCAGCAACAGGGGUCACGGUCUAUAUCUCUCGUCUCCCACUGAGAUUCAAAAGUUUUCCGUAUCCAGUCAAUUUUGUGGUGAAUUAACUGAAAUGAUGGGAGACUUAUUUAUUGGUCACGAUAUGCCUGAACCACCGAAAGAAAGUUUCUUUAAAGGCCUCUUCGGCGGAGGAUCACGAAGUCUUGAUAGGGAAGAAUUAUUUGGCGAGUCUAGCGGUCGAGCUUCGCGCACUGUAGCGAAGCAUAUACCAGGACCGAAUGCCGGUGCAGAAAAUCUACGCGAGCGCGUAACAACCGCGACGGGUGAGGUAAAUAUGGCUCACCAGAUGGUGCUCGAGCGAGGUGAGAAAUUGUCGCAGCUCGAAGAACGUACCGGGCGCAUGAUGUCGGAAGCUGAGAGCUUCUCGCAGUCUGCUCAUGGAUUGGUGCUCAAGUACAAAGACAAGAAAUGGUACCAGCUAUGAGAAUAUCAUUUCAACAUUAGCCGGAUUUGGAAUGACGCACGAUUCUAUCGUAAUUUAGCGUUCACAUUUCACCUAUGAGUUCUGUCAUACUAAGGCUCGACAACAACUGGGUAAUUGCGAACUUUACACGCACACAUAGGAAACAUGUUACACGAGAAAAAAUGAGAGCUGUAUGCGUAUGUGUGGUGCAUGCAUGGCUGCCCCCCGAGUGCGUGAGUCGUGAUUGCGUGUGCGCACGUGUAUUUCGGAUUAGGGACGAAAAUGAUGGAA